UGAUUUUUACAUAGGAAACGAUGUAAAGGUGGUCAACUAAAUGAUGCUCCAAACGCGUAAGUUCCUGCGGAGUGGACGAAGGACGCCAUGACAGUCGUCGUAUUUUCUGUUAACCGCGAGCACGUAAGUUCUUGCCAGCGUUUUCGUGGAAUUCUUGCGCAGCUUGGCGUCUAUCGAGAUCAAAAUUGGCAAGUCCAUUUCCUAAAUUCGACGGACUUUCCUUCGAAUAUAUUCUGGAGGUGGAGGGUGAGGGCGCGUGGCCAUUAUCAGGGAUUUGCUUGUGGGUACCCGUGGCGAGGUGAGACGUCGAGAGGCGGCAAAAGGCGUCCCCCCCUGCGUCGGGACGCGCGUCUCCCUGUGUACGAGACGGCCUAGGGCCGACGAAGCGAGAUGCCAGAACCGCCGACGGCACCGUACACCACGAUGAGAAAUGAAAUAUAUCAAAAACAUUUAAUUAGUAUUCUUCAGUGAAUAAAGAUGAAUAGUGAGCAGCAUGCAUUGCCAGCGACUACGCAGGCACAACAAGAGGAUGUAAACGCGGGUCAAAGUGGUCGUCCUUCAUACCCAGGUGGUUUGGCUACAGCAACCAGUCUUGGCAAUGUAGGAAGUACCCCGCAUUCAUCCACGGACCUGCGUGUAGGUACAGCCGUAGCGUUAGCCUCCUCGGUAGCUAAAUAUUGGGUCCUCACCAAUCUAUUUCCUGGACCGCUACCUCAGGUUUCGGUCUAUCAUCAUUCCCACCAUAACUCCUCACAUAGGAGUAGUGGAGGUGGAGAGGCAUCUUCCAAAGAGCCAGCCUCUUCAUUGAAUCAAGAAAUGGCGUUGACUUCCAGUUCGCACCAUCAGUCAACACCUACACACCAUCAUCACCAACCUUCAGUUAGCAGUACCAGUCAUCAUAGUUCUUUACAACCAAAUCCACAGCAGAUACCAGUUUCUCUACCAGGCCUUAAUUUAGAUGGAGCACACAUACCUGCCAGUGUCAGUCAUUUACAGGCAGCACAUGCACAAAUGCAGCAGCAAAUGCAGGCAGCACAACAACAGCAGCUGCACCAGCAGCAGCAACAACCCCAACAACAACAACAGCAACAAUCUCAUCAUCAAAUGCAGAAUCAUCAAAAUGCUCAGAAUAGUGGACCAACUGCACAUAAUCAAAAUGCACAGAGAGAUGAUAAUAAAGUGAAAGAUGAAGGUGGAAGUUGCACAACUGAACGUUGUAGUGAUAAUCAAGUUCACUGUCAAGUUCAAUGUGAUCUUCAAUUACAAACAUCCCAAGAUUUGCAACAAAAUGUUAUGCAGCAGCAGCAGCAACAACAACAGCAGCAGCAGCAGCAGCAACAACAAAUUGGUGUAAACAUUAGUGGAAAUUCUUCCACUGAAGGUGGAACCCAAAAUAGUACGGAAAAGCCUGAAAAGGAAAAAGAACUACGCCAACUAAAUAUGACUCAAUUCCAAGUGCCAGAUUUGAAACCAGGAGGACAUAUGAUGGAUGUAAGAACUGCUGAUGGUUCAGUUGUAAAAAUCAGUGCUGGAAAUGAGCAAGAUUUAGCAAAAACACUUGGUGUUGAAAUGGUGCAAAACAUGUAUAAGGUUAAUGUCGAGGAUAUUAAUCAGCUUUUAGCAUAUCAUGAAGUAUUUGGAAAAUUACAAAGUGAAAUAGCAGCUGGUACAACCUUAGUUGGAAGUACAGUUCCUACUCAAACAGUUACCACUAUACAAAACGGAACUCCAAUUGUGCAACAAGUUCAAUUAAAUAAGUUCGAUAUUAAAUCAAGUGAUGGUGAAGCGACUCCCGGACCAAGUGCUUCACCUGUGUCAGUAGGAAGCUAUACAUGUGAAAUAUGUGGAAAAAUAUUUCAAUUUCGCUAUCAAUUUAUUGUACAUCGUCGAUAUCAUACAGAAAAGAAACCCUUUACUUGCCAGGUAUGUGGCAAGGCCUUCUUAAAUGCAAACGACUUGACACGACAUGGAAAAUGUCACUUAGGUGGAUCCAUGUUUACUUGUACAGUAUGUUUUCAUGUAUUUGCAAAUGCACCAUCUUUGGAACGUCACAUGAAGCGACAUGCCACUGAUAAACCGUAUAACUGUACUGUAUGUGGGAAAAGCUUUGCAAGAAAGGAACAUUUGGAUAAUCAUACUCGGUGUCAUACUGGGGAAACACCUUAUAGGUGCCAGUAUUGUUCAAAGACGUUUACGAGAAAAGAACAUAUGGUAAAUCAUGUUCGUAAACAUACGGGUGAAACACCACAUCGGUGCGAUAUUUGUAAAAAGAGUUUUACUCGUAAAGAACACUUUAUGAAUCACGUUAUGUGGCACACGGGAGAAACUCCUCACCAUUGUCAAGCUUGUGGCAAGAAAUAUACACGUAAAGAACAUCUCGCAAACCAUAUGCGUUCACAUACCAAUGAUACACCAUUUCGCUGUGAAAUAUGCGGUAAGUCGUUUACGAGAAAGGAGCACUUCACGAACCACAUAAUGUGGCACACGGGUGAGACGCCGCACCGCUGUGAUUUCUGCUCGAAGACAUUCACGCGAAAAGAGCAUCUUUUGAACCACGUUCGCCAGCACACGGGUGAGUCUCCACACCGAUGCGGCUUCUGCUCCAAAUCGUUCACCAGAAAGGAACACCUUGUUAACCACAUCCGCCAACACACAGGAGAGACGCCCUUCCGCUGUCAGUACUGUCCAAAAGCAUUUACACGGAAGGAUCAUCUGGUGAACCAUGUCAGGCAACACACGGGUGAGUCACCGCACAAGUGCCAGUAUUGCACCAAAUCCUUCACGAGGAAGGAACAUUUGACAAAUCACGUGCGUCAACACACAGGCGAAUCGCCACACCGAUGCCACUUCUGCUCCAAGUCAUUUACUCGUAAGGAGCAUUUGACGAAUCAUGUGCGAAUCCACACCGGCGAAUCACCGCACAGGUGUGAAUUCUGUCAGAGAACGUUCACCAGGAAAGAACAUCUAAAUAAUCAUCUCCGUCAACAUACCGGAGAUUCAUCGCAUUGUUGCAACGUAUGCUCUAAACCGUUUACAAGAAAGGAGCAUCUCGUAAAUCAUAUGCGAUGUCAUACUGGUGAACGUCCAUUCGUAUGCACAGAAUGUGGCAAAAGCUUCCCGUUGAAGGGCAAUCUACUUUUCCACAUGCGUUCGCACAAUAAAGGAAGCAACGCUGAAAGACCAUUUCGUUGCGAUCUUUGCCCGAAAGACUUUAUGUGCAAAGGACACUUAGUGUCUCACAGAAGAUCGCACUCGGACGAACGACCGCACAGUUGUCCCGAUUGUGGGAAAACAUUCGUCGAGAAGGGUAACAUGUUAAGACACUUGAGAAAGCAUGCGGCGGAAGGGCCACCGACGCAAGUCAGCACCCCAUCAGCCAUUCCUCAAUCCGGUGUUCUACCAAUUCCGGCAGCAGCAGUUCUGGUCGGACAUCCCCUCGCACCGCCUGCUCCACCUGUAGUGCCGCAACACACCGUUGUUGUACCUACUCCUCCGGGUGUAUUGACCUCCUAUUGAAGGGAAUGAAAAAUGCAAACAUUGGAAAGAAAAGGAAGGAAAAGCAUUUUUUCAUAAGAAGAGAAAAUGAGUGUAUACAUAAUGAACGUUUGUGUUAUUGGUUAAUGAAGGUGCGCCA